GGCCGGGCGCCGCGUGCGGCGGAGCGCGGCGGCUCUGGGCUGACAUGCGGCGCGGUCCCGGAGGCGGCAGCAGCGGCAGCGCGAGUGGCCGAUCGGGCGGCUUCCCGGCCUGGGCGCUCCGGGGGCGGCGGAGGUGCGCGGAGCCAUGGUUAUCAUGUCGGAGUUCAGCGCGGACCCGGCGGGUCAGGGCCAGCAGAAGCCCCUCCGGGUGGGUUUUUACGACAUCGAGCGGACCCUCGGCAAAGGCAACUUCGCGGUGGUGAAGCUGGCGCGGCAUCGAGUCACCAAAACGCAGGUUGCAAUAAAAAUAAUUGAUAAAACACGAUUAGAUUCAAGCAACUUGGAGAAAAUCUAUCGUGAGGUUCAGCUAAUGAAGCUUCUGAACCACCCACACAUCAUAAAGCUUUACCAGGUGAUGGAAACAAAGGACAUGCUUUACAUCGUUACCGAAUUUGCUAAAAACGGAGAAAUGUUUGAUUAUCUGACUUCCAACGGGCACCUGAGUGAGAGCGAGGCGCGGAAGAAGUUCUGGCAGAUCCUGUCCGCUGUGGAGUACUGUCACGACCACCACAUCGUCCACCGGGACCUCAAGACGGAGAACCUGCUGCUGGAUGGCAACAUGGACAUCAAGCUGGCAGAUUUUGGAUUUGGGAAUUUCUACAAGUCAGGAGAGCCUCUCUCCACGUGGUGUGGGAGCCCCCCGUAUGCCGCCCCGGAAGUCUUUGAGGGAAAGGAAUAUGAAGGCCCCCAGUUGGACAUCUGGAGCCUGGGCGUGGUGCUGUACGUCCUGGUCUGCGGUUCUCUCCCUUUCGACGGACCCAACCUGCCGACGCUGAGACAGCGGGUGCUGGAGGGCCGCUUCCGCAUCCCCUUCUUCAUGUCUCAAGACUGUGAGAGCCUGAUCCGCCGCAUGCUGGUCGUGGACCCCGCCAGGCGCAUCAGCAUCGCCCAGAUCCGGCAGCACCGGUGGAUGCGGGCCGAGCCCUGCCUGCCGGAGCCCUGCCUGCCGGGGCCUGCCUGCCCUGCCUUCUCUGCGCACAGCUACAGCUCCAACCUUGGUGACUACGACGAGCAGGCUCUGGGCAUCAUGCAGACCCUGGGCGUUGACCGGCAGAGGACGGUGGAGUCACUGCAAAACAGCAGCUAUAACCACUUCGCUGCCAUCUAUUACCUCCUCCUCGAGCGGCUCAAGGAGUAUCGGAAUGCCCAGUGCACCCGCCCUGGGCCUGCCAGGCAGCCGCGGCCUCGGAGCUCGGACCUCAGCGGCUUGGAGGUGCCUCGGGAAGGUUUUUCCGCUGACCCUUUUCGACCCGCCCUGCUGUGCCCGCAGCCGCAGGCCUUGGUGCAGUCCGUCCUGCAGGCCGAGAUGGACUGUGAGCUCCAGGGCUCGCUGCAGUGGCCCCUGUUCUUCCCGGUGGAUGCUGGCUGCAGCGGAGUGUUCCGGCCCCGGCCCCUGUCCCCCAGCAGCCUGCUGGACACGGCCAUCAGUGAGGAGGCCAGGCAGGGGCCGGGCCUCGAGGAAGAGCAGGAUGCUCAGGAGUCCCUGCCUGGCAGCACGGGCCGGAGGCACACCCUGGCCGAGGUCUCCAGCCGCCUAUCCCCACUCACCGCUCCAUGUAUAGUCAUCUCCCCGUCCGCCACAGCGAGUCCUGCAGAGGGUACCAGCUCAGACAGUUGCCUGACCUUCUCCGCGAGCAGAGACCCUAUGGAGCUCAGUGGCACCUCUGCCACUCAGGGGCUGCUGGGCGCCGGCUCCCCAGUCAGGCUGGCCUCGCCCUUUCUGGGGUCGCAGUCUGCCACCCCCGUGCUGCAGGCCCAGGGGGGCUUGGGAGGAGCUGUCCUACUUCCUGUGAGCUUCCAGGAGGGACGGAGGGCGUCGGACACCUCACUGACUCAAGGGCUGAAGGCCUUUCGGCAGCAACUGAGGAAGACCGCGCGGACCAAAGGGUUUCUGGGGCUGAACAAAAUCAAGGGGCUCGCCCGCCAGGUGUGCCAGGCCCCCGCCAGCCGUGCCAGCAGGGGCGGCCUGAGCCCCUUCCACGCCCCUGCACAGAGUCCGGGCCCGCACAGCGGUGCGGCCAGCAGCCGGGAGGGCCGGAGUCUGCUGGAGGAGGUGCUGGAGCAGCAGAGGCUGCUCCAGUUACAGCACCACCCGGCCGCCACGCCCAGCUGCUCACAGGCCCCCCAGCCGAACCCCACCCCAUUUGUGAUCGCCCCCUGUGAUGGCCCUGGGGCCACCCUGCUCCCCAGCACCCUCUUCACGUCAGGGCUCCCGCUGCUGCCACCCCCGCUCCUGCAGGCCGGCGUCUCCCCCGUGACCUCGGCCGCGCAGCUCCUAGACACACAGCUGCAUAUUGGCGCCAGCCCCACUGCCCUCCCUGCUGCGCCCCUGCCUCGCCCGGCCAGGCUGGCCCCAGGCUGUGAGCCCCUGGGGCUGCUGCAGGGGGACUUCGAGAUGGAGGACCUGAGCCCCUGCCCCCUGGGGACCUUUGUCCUGGUGCAGUGAGGGCGGCCCCGAGUCCUGGGAGGACACUGACUGUUCCAAGCAAUAAGUUCAGAGUAGGUGAGGACAUCUGGACUCAAAGCCAAGAACUUUCUAGAAGCAAAACAAGCAAUACGUUAGGGGUUUCGGCUUUUAGUUUAUUUUUGUUUAAUUUUUUUCUUGCACUGAGUGACCUCAACUCUGAGUAAGGACUGGAAACUAAGAAGAAGAUAAUUGAGGGGUGUGUCUUGGGGCGGAGGCAGGGAGGGGAGCAGGGAGGAGGGAGGACGUCUGCAGCUCCGAGGUGUGGGGAUCUCGGCCCCUCUGCAGCUUCGUCGUGGUUGAGAUGAUGACCUCGGACAUCCACGGAAACGAGCGGGCGCGUUGUCUGUCGUCCACGUCUGUGUGUGCGCGCGUGUGUGCGCGUGUGGGCAUUGAUUAGUAUCCGUUUCUUUAGUUAACACUCACCACUUCCUGAUUUAUGCUUUAAUGAAAACUGUGAACCUCUGGCUUCAUGUAUCAGUUUUAAAGCAGCUCUACAUGGUCAGCCCAGGCGAAGAUCAGCUCCAGGUUCUUGGAAUUCUCUCCCCUGAAAUGAAAACCUGGAAGACACUUUUUUCCUGAUUUUAGAUGAGAAGUUUUAUAAACUGCUCAAGAGUUAGUUUUCCAGGACUCUUUAGAGGGACCGCAGGAAGAACCUCAAAGAGGGCAGAGGUGACUUCAAAGUGCUGGGGACUCCGUCCUGAGGGUCACGUGGCCCAGAUUCCCUGGGGCAGAAGCCCAGAAGCUUCUUCCUGCUGCACCUCGCGUUCAGCUGCUGAAGACCUUCAUCCAUUUCAUGGUGGGGUCCGGGAGAACACCUGCCUUGGGUCAGGCUGUGCAGUAGCAGGGGCCGACCGCAGGCCAGGCAGCUAGGAGACACUCGGGGCCCAGGGCCGCCUGCCUGGGCUGGGACCCUCCCGAGAAAUCGCCCGGUCUUUGCCGGGGCUCUUUGGCUUUUUUUUUGUUUCUUUUCUUUUUAAAGCAGACCCUGCACAUGCACCUGCACGGGUGACAGGUAGACACUACUUCGUGGUUGGAGUUUGUACGACACUUUGUGUUCAGGUUUCAGCUUCCCUCACUCAUGGUAAGAAGCGUCCCGGUCAGCACCAGGCGUGCAUUGAAGAAGGGGCCCCAGGGCCUUCCUCCCUCAGUGCUGGGGCGGAGGUGGCAGGAAGGGGCAGCCCUUACCUGAAAGGUUGGGGCGCACCUCUGGCAGGUGGAUUCCGGGAGGUUCCAUCAGCCAGAAGCCUCUGAAAGGCAACAAAGGAAAUGCUGCUCCCACUCGCCCUGAACCCAGCCCAGGUGCCUUCAGCUGCUUCGGCUUCUUACACCCUGCAGUGUUAAACAGAGGCGUUGAGAAAGGGGACAGGCGGGUAUUUUUAAAAGCCAAAGAUUGACCCAGCUACUUGAGGGUAGGGAGGCGGGCCGGUUCUGGAGGCGCGUCCCUGGGCUGCCAGCGCCCACGGGGGCUGCGCCUGGGCUGUGCCGCGGGGAUGCUGGCUGCCCCCGUUCCUGCUGCUACUGCUGCUCUGUGGCUGGGCGAAGGGCUGUCUGGAGGGCAGACCUGGGGCCUCGCCGCAGAGAAAACACCAAAGUCUCCUGUUCACUCAUAGAGAAGUUUUUGGGAUGGGAGAGCACCCAGACCAUCGUGGGCAGCCAGGCCCUUGCCUUCACCUUCACAGAGGUAGCACAAUUGAUUCAACACAAGCCCCUCCGCCUUUCACAAUGAUUGCUGUUGCAAUGCCACAGAUCAAAGGCCUCGGAAACCAUGUGUGUUUCCUCUUCGAAGCAAUGACAAGCACUUUACUUUCAUUGUGGUUUUGUUUUUCUUACUGCUGUAGCACCUCCUGGAGGACGUUAAAGGCCUGUUUUUCCUGUUUUGUUAAGAGUGUGUGAUGUGUGUUUUGUAGAUUUCUUGACAGUGCUGUAUAGACGGCAAUGCGGUAGCCUAUUUAAAGACACUACGUGAUCUGAUUGAGAUGUACAUAGUUUUUUUUACCAUAACUGAAUUAUUUUACCUCUUACGUUAACAUGAGAAACGUAUGCCAAAUGAUUAGUUGAUGUAUGUUUUUUAAUUUAAUAUUUAAAUAAAAUAAUUUGGAAGGAAAA